AUGCUUUGGCGCUCAACCACUCAGCGCGCCGCUUUGAUCUGUGGUCUUGGGCUGCUCUCCGCCCUUUCCAGUCCUGCCGCAGCCCAGCAUGAGAUCGGCGACAAUUUUGGCGUGUCGGAGAGGAGUCAGGACGGCGAGGCACGGCGAGACCCCAUGCGAGUUCUUGUGGUCGGGGACUCGAUGACACACUGCGAUCCAGGCGACUACACCUGGCGCUGGCGGCUGCUGGAAUGGUUCGAAGCCCAAGGAAUCGCCUUUGAGUAUGUGGGACCGUAUUCUGGAACGCUCGGGAUCCCAGAUGCAACACCACCGAUAGCGCCUCUUCCAUAUGGGACGAGUGCUCCGAAGGAGGAACCGAACUUUAAUGGCUCUUACGCCGACGGUAUCGAUUCUGAUGGUCGCCUGAAUCAUUUCGCCGUCAUCGGACGAGCGACGAAGACUGAUGUGCCUUUGAUUGAGCAAGUCGUGCGAGACCAUCCUGCGGACCUCAUGUUGGUUGAUAUGGGCUUCAAUGAUCUGGGCUGGUUUUAUAGCGACGAUGUUGAGCUUGUGAACAAUACGUGGACAUUCAUCCAGAAUACUCGCCGUGCAAGCCCGAAUAUGAAGUUUGUAUUGGCUACAAUAGUACACCGAACAUUUCUUGGUGGGCGGCAAGAUCUCGUCAGGAUGACUGACUCGUUCAAUCGCGCGAUGAAAUCGAAGGUUAGCGAAUGGAGCACCCCUGGGUCUCCGGUGAAAGAGUAUGAAUGCGGACCGCAAUACGGAAUCAAAGGAUGUCCAGCCGCCUGGGAUGGUCUCCAUCCCAACGAGCUGGGAGAAUACCAGAUUGCGAGGGGCUUUAGUCGAGCACUUGUCAGUGCUCUUGGAAUCGGUAAAGCUCCGCUCGAGGUUCCGAAGGAUAUUCCGAGGAGGCCGCUUCCACCUCCGAGUAACUUUCAAGUGGCAUCAUCUGCUUAUGGUGUGACUGCGACUUGGAAUGAAGUACACGCCGCUUACGAGUACGAUGUGGAGCGAAUCAUCAAUGGCGGAGCUGUCAACGAUUCUUCUUCGGAGCAAGUAAAGGCGAACAGAUGGGAUGCGAAGUAUUCCGAGAAGGGCUGGUCAUAUCAAGUCCGGAUCCGUUCAAGCGCAGGGAAUCGCAAAGGCGACUGGAGCAACUGGCUCACAGCUAUUGCUAAGCCUGAGUCAGCAGCGCCACCAGCAGAUGUCACUGUUCAUUCAACUCCGUCAGGAUUCGACAUAACGUGGACUGCACCAAGCGGAAAAUACAGCGACUCCAUCAUCCAGUACGACAUCUACUGGCAAGACCAAGAUCUACAAUGUGCAUAUCCCCAAAACGCGGGAUUCGAACCUACCGGAAGCGCCCACAUCGUCAACCUCACUGCCGGACACAGGCACACCGUCUCCAUCGACGCCUGGAAUGCCGCAGGGCCUGGACUGCCGUUCCUGGCAAGAGACAUUGUGCCUGGCAGUGGUGUACCUGGGACCACCACGGGUUUGCAAGUCGGGGUGACGAACGACACGCACUUUCAUCUCACUUGGGAUGCGAUGCGUGGUGCGGCUGGAUACUACGUUUUGAGCCGGAGCAUUAGCCAAUCUGAGACGAGGUGGGAGAAAGUGGAUGGCACCUUCAGUCGGCCGUGUGCGGAUGUAUUGGCGCCUACUAAUGGAACUUAUGAGUAUGCUUUGAAUUUGUUGUUAAUCGAUGAUGGCGGUGCUGACUUAUUGAAAGAUAUGCGAUUACUGCGUUUAAUGGCGACACCGAUGGUGGUAGAAGUCAAGCCGUGGAGGCGCCGAAAGCGGGAUCUCCGAGUGUUGGAGCGUGUCCUGCUCCUCCUGGUGAGUAUUGAGUCCAUGCAAGGCGUUCAUUGGAGGACCUGUGCUGAUGUGAAGUGUCAGACCCGUGCCCUCCUACAGACCCGUCAACCAUUCCAGGCACCGAUCCGAUCGAUCCUAGUGAUCCGCCGCCGGUGA